AUGAUAAAGCUUCGCUCGUUUUCAGACGCCGUCGGUUUUGGUUCAGCCACCGGGCAUGGCGGAGUUCAGUGGUCGGUCGCGCUCGGCUGGAUAGGUCUGAUCUGGUAUUCUACCGUGACGGCUGUGUGCGCUUUGGGGUACUAUAAGAUAUGGAGAUACUGCCUCCGACGACCUCAACAAUCCCGCUCAGCCACAUCCUCCGACGCGCCCCAUGUCACCAUAGUUCGACCCGUCAAGGGUCUCGAACCGAAUCUCUACGACUGCCUCGCCUCAACCUUCCGGCAAGAUUAUCCGCGUGAUAGGCUGACGGUCUGCCUUUGCGUGUCCUCCCGAAGCGAUCCUUCCCAUCCAAUCCUCGAAAAACUAGUCUCCGACUUUCCGCAUAUCGAUGCGCGCGUCUAUGUCGAGGAGGAGGAUCCCCUGUUCCUGUCCGACAAUGAACCAGUCUACGACAUGGGACCGAAUCCAAAGAUCCGCAAUAUGAGUCGCGCGUACCGGGAGGCCAAGGGCGACAUUGUUUGGAUCGCAGACUGCAAUAUCUGGGUAGGGAAGGGCGUUUGCGGACGGAUGGUGGACAAGCUCUGCGGACUUGGUGCGGAUUCCGGCAAGGAGAAUAAAUUCGUGCACCAUCUGCCUGUCGCUAUGGAUGUCACCGGUGCUACCGGCACGAAAGAGGAACAUGGGCAGGCUGGCGCUCUCGCUGUGGGAGGUGGCCGUCUAGAGGAAUUGUUUCUCUCGUCCUCCCACGCCAAGAUGUAUACAGCGAUCAACACGGUCCUCAUUGCUCCGUGUAUUGUGGGCAAGUCCAAUAUGUUCCGGCGCUCGCAUCUUGACUAUCUCACUACGCCGCCGCCGACCGAUGCGCGCCAGCGCAACCCGGGCAUCGACUACUUCUCCGACAACAUCUGCGAAGACCACCUUAUUGGUGACCUGCUAUGGAAGAACAAGAUUGGACCGUAUACAUUAUGCUCCACUCCGGCAAGACCGUUGAAUUAG